AUGGUUUGCACAGAUUUCGCGUCGUGUAACAGGUAUUCAUCAUUUAUUGUGUCUAGUCGUACUUUGAAGAAGUUCUGUUCGUCCAACUCCAUUAUAUCCACGUCUAACUGUCUUGUAAUCACCCGACAUUUUCACUCGAGUGUUGGUCGACGAACUGCAGCAAAAAGUCCUGUACACUUAAUAGAGGAGGAUUUUUUUGGACUAACUCAGGAGGGGACUUUUGAUAAAUUUAGUGACACUCAAGAAAUCAAAAAUCAGCAAAAAUCAACAAGGAAACCGAAAAAUCGCAAGAAAGUCCCUAGCACUACGCCACCAGAGAGCGUACGUCAUGAAAUGGAUGGAUUUCUGCCAAAUGAAAAUGACAUUGUAGUGGAAGACGAAGAACACAGGGUAAAAAGAAAUGAGACCCCAGAGUAUAAAAACGCCGCAAGAACAGUUUCCAUGAACAUUAGGAAAAAACUGUCAGCAGAAAAAUCAAACACCUAUCAAGAUAAGCAGACAACUGAGCAUGCAGUGCCACAGUCAUCACCGAAACAAACAGACUCCAUGGGAUUUAGAGUUUGCAGUCAUGAAACACAAGAUCUAAGUAGAUUGUCUCCAUUUGUUGUUGCUAAGAUUCUACAUGAACGCAUCAUCUAUGAUCAUGAUGAUGUAAUUGCUAUUGACAAACCAUACGGUCUUCCUUCGCAUGGUGGGCCUACCAUAACUAAUAAUGUAAACGAUACUCUAACAAUAUUAGCAAAGUUAAUAGAUAAAUCGUUACCAAAGUUAUACCUCGUACACAGGCUAGAUAAAGAAACAACUGGUGUCAUGUUGUUAGCUAAAUCAGAGAUUAUAGCCAAACAACUGAAUGCUUUAUUUAGAAAGAAAAUGGUUAUAAAAAGAUAUUGGGUGUUAACAGUAGGUGUUCCUGAACCAAGUGAAGGUGUUGUUGAUAUUCCCAUGGAAGAGGGUGAAGUGGCUGGCAAAAACAGGAUGUUAUUACGACCUGACUAUGGAUUGGUAUACAAAAAUCUGAUAAAAUCCAGUUCUGGUAAAGGAGCUACAGCUCUUACAAAUUUUAAAGUACUCGCAAGUGAAGGAAAUUGUGCAUUAGUAGAACUGCAGCCUGAAACAGGUAUAAAACACCAAAUAAGAUGUCACUUAGCGUCUGGUUUAGGAUGUCCAAUUUUAGGAGAUCAUAAAUAUUCCCAUCAUGAUAAACUAGCACCACAGAAAUUGCCAGGAGACAUGUUACAACGACUCAAUAUAAGACAGGCUAAAGUGCGGACUGUACCAAUGCAUCUGCAUGCUAAACAGCUGAUCAUUCCACAGUUUAGAGAUGGAAGGAAUCUAUUUAUUUCAACCAAACUGCCAGAAUUUUUUAAAAAGAAUAUGACGAGAUUAAAAAUCCAAAUAACCUAAUAUUUUUGUUUAUCGUAAACAUAGAGUAAAUUGCAUUUCUUUUAGAGUCCGUGUAAAUUGGGAUAAAUGUUACACCCCUAUCUUUAGGUUGAGUGCCAUUGUCAACUUUUGGAACUACCGUAGCAACAACAUUUGUGUGUAGUCUGAUAAUUGACUAACUUUUUGGUCAAAAACUAAAUGCAAUAUUUGUUAUAGGCCAUGAUGAUGAAAUUUUACAAAAUUUGGGGCGGGAAAAAUACCUGGCAGUUCAAGGGUUAUGCACAUUACAACCGGUACAAGGUGUGCUUUAUUCGACUUAAAAUUAGCCAAUCCAAACCAUUGAUAAAAUACAUUUUGAUACUUUCUUCUGAAGAAAGUUACUAAUGUCCCCUUUUGAAUAAGAUAAGAUAUCUGUGUACAAGUUAAGGACAUUUGGAAUUUGUUGCUAUGGUUUCCAUAAAAUUUACAAUGUGGCUUGCAUACAUAAUGAUCAACUUAUGAAUAUUCAUGAACUAAGUUGUAUUUGCAUAUAGACACCAUG